AGAGCAUGGAGAAUGAUGAACUUCCGCCAGAGGAUGGGAUGGAUUGGUGUGGGGUUGUACUUGUUAGCAAGUGCUGCAGCUUUAUAUUAUGUCUUUGAAAUCAAUGACACUUACAACAAACUAGCACUGGAGCACAUUCAGCAACACCCCAAGGAACCACAGGAAGGAACCACAUGGACGCACUCCUUAAAAGUACGCCUGCUAUCCUUGCCUUUUUGGCUUUGGACUAUCAUAUUUUUAAUACCAUAUUUACAGAUGUUCUUGUUCCUCUAUUCCUGUACAAGAGCUGACCCCAAGACAGUUGGGUAUUGCAUCAUUCCUAUCUGCUUGGCUGUCAUUUGCAAUCGUCAUCAAACAUUUGUGAAGGCCUCUAAUCAGAUCAGUAGAUUACAGCUGAUUGACACUUAGCUCAAUUUCUAGUUUCCAUAGCUGUUUUGAAGCAAUUGCAUAUGCCUGAUGUAAUCACAAAACUGAAGUUCUGAGUGAAGGCUGGAAAGAGCCUUUUCUUUCAAACUGUUAAGCAAUUAAGAGAGUGACUGUUUUCUAUUAAAAAAAAAAAAAAAAAAAAAGAGAAAAAUUUCAAAGGUUUUUAAAUAUGGGUCUAUCAGAGUGGCCAGAGUGGGAGAGCCCUAUGUGGCACUUGAUGGAAGUAUUCCUCAUUUUGCCUUAAUGAUGCAAAAUUGCAACACUCCAUCUGAAAUGUCCUGUGGGGAAAUGGGUUUCUGGUCCCUGACUUUACUCCUCUG